AUGUGUGUGGGGAAAGCCCUUAAAUACCAAGACAUUGCAAUUGAUCUCAAAACUAAGAUCGUCCCUCUCCCGACAAUGACUCAUCGUAGGACCUUCAACGCCUUCAUUUCCUCUGCUCUCGUUACCUGGAAAUCUACGGGUAAAUUACAGCAAACAAUAGCGAAGUGUGUAGAGCGAACCGGACGGGCACUCCACUCCGGCAAGAUCACAACGGUGAAAAUAUGGCCGGAGCAUGCCGGCGGGGGUAGGUAUUUCGAUUUCCGGUCAAAAUUCAUCCCCGCAUCCAUCGAAUUUGCCGAAGAGAGCCCACUCUGUACAACGCUGUCCAAAGAUGGGCACAGAAUUCGUACCGUUGAGCACUUGCUCUCUUGCUUGGAGGCCACCGGCGUCGAUAAUUGCCGAAUCGAGAUCGAAAACGAGGACUCCUAUGAUCAGUCUGUUGAGGUAGGUGACAAAAAAUGUUUUCGUUUGUGA